AUCACAGCUGCCACCACCUCCCCUGUGGGCCCCACAACCACUUUGAGACUCAGGUGGCUGAGGGCAGCCCUGACAUGCCCCUGUGUCUCUCCCCAACCAGGCUGGACGGCCCACACUUGAGCUGUUUGUACCCAGAAGGUGUCUUCUAUGACCUGGACAGCUGCAAGCCCUUCAGUUACCCAGAUUCAGAUGGGGGCCCUGACUCCACAUGGGGCUGGACUGAGGCCCCACCUGCCUCAGCCAUCGCCCCCUAUGAAGUCUUCGACCCCUCUACGACCGCCUGCCACUCCCAGGCUGUGCAGCUCUGUUACGGUCACGGUCUCGGCCCCUCUGCCUACGGUCCCGUGGGGACCCUUGACCCAGCCUCCAGCCUGGAGGCUCCAGGACCUGGCCUCCAGGUGUACCCCUCAGAGGACUUUGUCAGCCAGACUCUGGGCCCCUUGGCUACCCCAUAUCCCAGCCCUGUGCUGUCAGAGGAAGAAGACAUUCUGCUGGACAGCCCUGCCCUGGAGGUCUCAGACAGCGAGUCAGAUGAGGCCCUCUUGGCUGGCACCGAGGCAGGUGCCCGCAAGAAACUGCGCCUGUACCAGUUCCUGCUGGGACUGCUGCUGCGCGGGGACAUGCGCGAGUGCGUGUGGUGGGUGGAGCCGGGUGCCGGAGUCUUCCAGUUCUCCUCCAAGCACAAGGAGCUGCUGGCUCGUCGCUGGGGCCAGCAGAAGGGCAACCGCAAGCGCAUGACGUACCAGAAGCUGGCGCGUGCACUGCGCAACUAUGCCAAGACGGGCGAAAUCCGCAAGGUCAAACGCAAGCUCACCUACCAGUUCGACAGCGCGCUGCUGCCAAACACCCGGCGCGCCUGAGCGCCCCGCUACGACCCCUUUCUAGUCCCCAGGCCCUAGUGUCCAUGGAGCCCCGCAUAGGGGCAGUAGGCUGCCAGGGUCCUCAGCUCUCACCAGGGCCUCCCCAGCGUCCCCUGUGCCAUGUAUGGGAUUCCCCAGGAUGGUCGUGUUUAAGGGGAGUGUC